GACUCAAUGUUUUGCUUCGUCUAUCCGGUGCCGCACAAGCGACGUCUCUGCGUGCUGAAACGUUUGGUCGGAUCUGCUACCCUUACUUUUAUCCGACAUUGGCUGUGUAGGAACGGCGACACGUUUUGUUCACACGCCCGAGUUACCAGAUAACGUCACGUUUAGAAAUCACACCGUUAAAUCGACGGAAUACGCUUUGAAGCCAGCAAGCUCGCAUCAGCAUCACUAGAGUCGACGAUGGCGGCCGUAGACAGUUUUCAGUUUCUGUAUGGAGAAAUUUCUCGAUCGUGCAAUCCUUACAUUGAAACCCUGGCCUUGGUCGGUGCUUUCUACGCGGCCAGGAGGGCAGUAAUCCUGCUGAGCGACUGCUGCAAAUUGGUCAGGGUGCAUUUCCUGCCAAGAAUUAUCCCGAGUAAGAAGCUCACCCAAAGAUUUGGAGACUGGGCUGUGGUUUAUGGUGCAGCAGAGCCGGUAGCCAAAGCCUAUGUAGAGGAGCUGGCCAGGCAUGGAGUCAGCAUUAUCUUUGUCUCUCAGGACCUCGCCUCUGUCAGAGACACCGCUGCAGCCCUCUCCCAAAGCUACGGAGUGGAAACUGUCGUCAUACCAGCUGACUUCUCUCUGGACCAGGCAGCCAGCAACCCCAUCAAAGAAGCCAUGAGGGGCAAAGAUAUUGGCUUCCUGGUGAACUGUGUGGAGUCUGGGGCGUCCCCUCAGAGCCUGAUCGAAAUGCCUGAGCAGAGCCUGUUGGAUUUGGUGAAUAGGAACGUCGCGGUCGCCACUCUGAUGACCCGGUUGGUGCUGCCGGGCAUGCUGGAGCGCAGCAGAGGCGCUGUGGUCAACAUAUCAUCGGGCGCUUGCUCCAGACCCCUGCCUGGAAGAGUGACCCUCACUGCCUCCACUGGCUACAUGGAUCAUUUCUCAAGGGCUCUUCACCUCGAGUACAGCGGCAACGGGAUCUUUGUCCAAAGUCUGACUCCUUUCCAGAUCACCUCCAGUGCGCAACAACCGUUCUCAUCAACAGCGUCAUCAAUGCCGGGCUGGUUCGUACCAAAGCCAGAGGUGUAUGCCCGCCACGCCGUCUCCACCCUGGGGGUCUGUAAUAGGACCACCGGCUACUGGCCUCACACACUGCAGUAUGGACUGAUGACACUUAUUCCAGAGUGGAUUUGGGUUCUCGGCUCACGGGUGCUCAUCAGUUAAGAGCUCAGCUCUCCUCCCCUCACUAAAGACUUAACCCAGUUACUGAAACGUCUUGUUACUGGAGUCAUGUAGAGUUUUAGUUUCUUUAGCCAUUCGGGUUAAAUGUGAUCUACUUUCAGGCUUUGUGGAGGUCGUGGUUAGGGUAUUUUCUUCUAUUUAUUUGGUAUUUGGAGUUUGCCUUAAAUAGUGAAUCAAUAUUUAUAUAUUAAUCCUGCAUUACUGUAUGGUCUGACCAAUCUGUGGCAUCUUAAAUUGCCUCUACAUGUCUAAGUCAUGGCCAGACAUGAGGCUGGAAACCGGGUUUGACAUUGAGUUUGGAUUGUAAACAACAAGAUAAUCAACAUAAUCUGACUUCAUUUGGUUUGGUGCUUGGACUUAAACAUCAGCCUCCAUGUAGUUUCAACACUUUAUUUUUUGGAUAACGAAAUAUUUCAAACCAACAUGGACCAUAAAGGCGAGGUAAAUAUGAAACUAUUUUAUUUUUCUAUGUAUUUAAACAACACAAGUGGGUCAUAAGUGAAGAGUGAGGGGGAUUAUUUUUUCUAGGAGUCUAUACAUUAGUUUUAGGGGAACAUCAUACUCAUUAUUUAUUUAAAGAAACAGAUUUAUAUCAUAAUGUGGAAUAAGUUGACAAAAUGUACUUUUAGUGAGAAAGAAAAGCUGCAUUACGCAACACUAACCAAAGUGUUAUUCUGAUUAAUAUAACCUAAUCUAAAUGUAAGAAACGUGUUAACUAAAGGUGAGAGGACACAUUUUAAACUCAAAAGUGAAUAUGCCCUCAUCUUACUUGGCUUCCUGGUCGGAUCAAAGACUGAGUUUAGAUCAAACCAGGAUUGGCCGGUAGUGUUUGACACAUGCAAGUGUUGGUGUGUGUGUGUGUGUGUGUGCAGUGGUGAGUGGGAAUGUGUGUGUAUUGAGUGGGAAUGAGUGUGUGUGCGGUGGUGAGUGGGAAUGAGUGUGUGUUGAGUGGGAAUGAGUGUGUGUUAAGUGGGAAUGAGUGUGUGUGUGUGUGUUGAAUGGGAAUGAGUGUGUGUGUGUUGAGUGGGAAUGAUAGCUUUACAGGUGACUGCUCAGAGGAGUGAAUUUGAAACGCCAUGAAGAGUGAGACUGUCAUGUUUUGUUGAGAAACUAUAUUUGAGCUAUUUUACUGGAUGUAGAUAUUGUUUCAAAAUAAGUAUAUUAAAGAUGUGUGAACGGAUUCAGAUAUCGUGUAGAGUGGUUGCUAACACAUACAAUACAACGUAUACAAUGUUGAAUUAAAUAUGAUACGUGUCAUUGCACUUAAUUAGACCAAUAAAACUCUUUUCUCCAUUCCCA